AGGUUGUUUGCCAGUAUGGAGGACGUCGACUUCACUCGAUCGCAUUCCAACUCACCCCUUCCGGAAGCUGGAAAUGAGCCGGAUGACCCUCUGCGCCCCGAGAUUGACGAGGAAAACUCCACUCCGAAUCCACCAGCCGGUGCUCCCGAUCAAGAUAUGGAAGUCACGGAGAAGAUCAACGAAAUGCCCGACCCCGAUGACAUCCAGGAAGCUGGCCUUUCCGACAAUGAAUCUGUACUUUCUGAACUCGACGAUGAUCAGUUCGAUACCUUCGACGAGAACAACAUUGACAUUGAGGAGCGGCCCGCGCAGGUCAUUGACGACACAAAUGUCAACUUGAUCGGUGUGCACAAGAGGAAGAGGGCUGAAGGGGAGGCUGACCAGCCGAAGAAGAAGAAGAAGAGGACGGAGAAGACACGCAGGAGAAAGAACAAGGAUGGAGAUGCUGAAGAAGGCGAUGAGGGCACUGCGGCUUCGAGUCGCAGUAAGCGGUCGAAGAAAACUCGGGAGAGCAAGGCUCGAGCCAGCCCAGAGGCGGAGCCUGAGGAGAAUCUCACACCCGAAGAGCGCCGCAAACGCGCUCUCGACCAACAAAUCAACGCGAUUGUGAAGCCAGGUGCUUCCCGCCGACGCAAGAAGGGCGACAUUGAUCUAGAAGGCAUGGCAGAUGCCGAGAUUGAGGAUAUGCGUAAACGCAUGGCAUCCGCUGCCGAGCGUGACAACGAGGGACGGAAAGUUGGUGAACCAGCUCGCCACAAGCUCCGGUUGCUUCCCGAAGUCGUUGCCUUACUCAAUAAGAAUACGCUCAAGGAGUCUAUCGUUGAUCCGGAAACCAACCUGCUUGAAGCUGUACGCUUCUUCCUGGAACCCCUUAGUGAUGGGAGUCUUCCUGCGUAUGACAUACAAAAGGAGCUAUUCGCUGCACUGGCGAAGCUCCCAGUGAACAAAGAGUGUCUAGUUGCUUCUGGUAUCGGCAAGGUCAUCAUAUUCUACUGCAAAAGCCCACGACCAGAGUUGAAUAUCAAGCGACAAGCUGAGCGCUUGUUCACCGAAUGGAAGCGUCCCAUCCUGAGACGAACCGACGACUAUCGUAAAAAGGAGUUUGCGCAGGCAGAUUAUGAUCCUACCAAUCUACCUGCCCGUAACACUGCUCAAAGUAGCCAGGCUGCCGCCGCAGCUGCUGCCCGAGCCAAGGCUCUUGCGCCUGAGAGGAGUUUUGUGCGCGCUCGAAUGGAGCCCUCCAGAGAGACUUACACGAUUGUACCGAAGAGCAAUGUCCAAACCAACACAGAGAAACAGAGGGGAUACGGUGGUGGCGAGGACAUUCUGAGGAAGAUCAAGGGUCGGGGUGGUGGACGGGCCGGCCGAUAG